CUGGCUGCAGCUGGCGACUCCGGCUCUCAUUCCCAAGCCGCUGGGCGAGCGGGAUCUGCACACGCAGCCUGGGAGCGCCAAGCCAGCGGCUGCUGCAACGAAGCUCGAGCCGUCAGCAGCGCAGCUCGGCAACUUGGGCGCCGGCUACUGAGGCGCUGCUCCUGCUGCCGCCGCUUUCAUUCGGCUCCUCGGAAAGUUCCCGCAGCUGCUGUGGGAGGAGGCGAAGCGGUUGGGCUGCCCCCCACUGCUCCGAGGAGCUGCAAGAACUCUGCUUUUCUGCAUCAUGUACCAGCCCAUAUUGCGUAUUUUCAAAGAAAUGUCUUCCUAAAUUGAAUCAAAAUCUGGGUCAGUGAUUGUGGUUUGCUGAAGUAGCAACCUUCUGAUCAAUGCACACUUUCUUCAGCUUGACUUCUGGAAAAGAACAAAUAUAUCACUUAAAGCUUUAGUUGCCACACAAGCCGAAGAAUCAUGAAGUUGGAGGAGGGUCUUGUAAACCACCUAGUCUAACCCAUUGCUUGAUGCAGGAAAUCUAGAGCUAGAGCAUCCCCUACGGAUGGCUGUACCACUGGAGGGGCUACACCACCAUCUUAGGACUAUCUUGGCCAAUAAAAGAUACAUGGGGCAUAUAAACCAUUAGAGGUCAAAAGAGACAUCUCAAGAGCUGCGUAGGAUUAAUCGGAUUGUGCAACUUCUACAACCAUGGAAGGGGAUUGCCUAAGCUGCAUGAAGUAUCUGAUGUUUGUCUUUAAUUUCUUCAUAUUUCUGGGUGGCACAUGUCUACUAGGAGUAGGAAUUUGGGUCAUAGUGGACCCCACAGGAUUUCGAGAGAUUGUGGCAACUAAUCCUCUGCUCUUCAUGGGAGCAUACAUUGUGCUGGCCAUGGGAGCAAUGCUCUUCCUGCUGGGCUUCCUAGGCUGCUGUGGGGCCAUCCGUGAGAACAAAUGCCUCCUUCUCUUUUUCUUCAUGUUUAUUUUGCUAAUCUUCCUGGCAGAGCUCUCAGCUGCAAUCCUGGCAUUUAUCUUUAGAGAAAAUUUGACCCGAGAGUUCUUUACCAAGGAGCUGAAGAAGCAUUAUCAGCGGAACAAUGAGUCCGAUGUCUUCUCUUCCACCUGGAACUCAGUCAUGAUCACAUUUGGCUGCUGUGGUGUCAAUGGUCCAGAUGAUUUUGAAUCUGCCCCUCAUUUCCAACAAGUUCCUGAAGCAUGUUGCCAACGGAAUCCCCAGUCUCGCAAAGGAGCAUUUGUCAAUGAGGAAGACUGUCUCAUGGGAAAGGACAUGUACCAACAGGGUUGCUACACUGUGAUACUGAACUCCUUUGAGACGUAUGUGUACCUUGCAGGAGCUCUUGCCAUUGGUGUAUUAGCUAUCGAGCUAUUUGCCAUGAUCUUUGCCAUGUGCCUCUUUCGGGGAAUCCAAUAGAAAGUUUCCAUGAGUAGCUGAGAAUUUUCUGACCACAUGCUUUCAAGAAAGGAAAUACAGAAGAUAAUCUUUAUUUUUGGUUAAAGUGGGGAAAAUGGUUUGUAAUAUAUGAAUGACCAAAAGGAUUGUACUUCAGGGGCUGGAACUUUGAGGUGCUGUGCACUACGAUGCCUUCUCCCAAGGCAGUCAUUCAUCAGAAGCCACACACAGUGAGUUGCACUAGAGACUCAAUGAGCCUGUAAGGCAAAAAUAAGUUAAUUGUCCUCACUGAAGCAGGAUGUUGUGUGGAAUUCACAUCUCUAUCACAGUAGCGAUCCACAACUUGGAGAGGAGGAUCACCCAUUCUACAAACUAGGUCUGGAUUCAGCAUCUUAAGGAACUAUUUGUCCAAAGCAUUGUGACAUAUACAGGUCAGGUCAGUUUUAAGCAACUAGGGAGACAUUUAUGGGUUUUGUGCUGACUCAUUUACCAGUCGUCCAAGAUAUGCAGUUGACCAUCACUUGUUGGAUCACUUGGGAAUGAAUAAUACCUUUGCUGGAGUUCCACAGAAGCGGCUGAGGCUACCAUGUUGGAAAACGGGGAGGGGCAUUCUUUUCAAGUCUGGAAGAGGGGCAAGAUUAAAGCAGCAAUUUAGUGCAUACUUUUUCUUACUUUGUCACCAUAGGUUUUCUGUUUAGUAGUCUGUGAGAAGGGGAAAGACCAAGGCAGUUCUGCUGCUGAUUCCCUCAUGUUAAGAAGAAGAAAAAAAGAAGAGUGAUCAUCUAGAAUAGCUGGUGCUGUGUCCCUUAGGGAGAAAGGUUUUUAAGCUUCUGAAUGUUUUGUCAUCACCAUAUUAUGUGCAAACUAUGUGGCCUAGUUUGGCCUUUUGUAGCAGUUGUUGAGCUUGUUAUCUUCAUGUCUCAGUGUGCCUUUCAGCUGUGUGGAGAAAUCCCUCAAAUGGUGGUGAAAGCAAUGAGAGACAUGUGCAGUUGUCCUUUGCACAAUUUCAGUUGUGAACCUUGUGCCAUUGCUUCUGUUAAUUUCCACUUAGCACUUCUCCAGAUCUCAGAAAAAAAGUGGAAUAAAAUGAAACAUACCCAGCCAAGAAUCUCUUUUUUCUUAAUUGAAAAUGCAACUUAUCAGUGCUUUGUGAUCUGUGAUCUAUUCAACUGCCCAAAGCCAACUUGAGAAAAUGGACCUCAAUCAACAGGAAUAAAGGGCAGAACUGAGGCUCCAAGAUGAGCAGGAAAUUCCAGAGCAAAAAUAACAUCUUGCCAGAGAUUCUGAUGGGUCCAUAAACCAUAAUGAAAGUAAUACUUUGAACAAGUGGCAGACAAUGGUGCAAAUUUACAAAGGAACCUAAUGUGAUGUGCCAGAAGUGGCAAGCUACUGACCGAAGACAAAGACAUGGUGACAUCAUGUGCCAUGACUCUGUGAAAGCCAGUUGGUGAGGUAUACAGGAAGCACACUGAUAACUGUUCAUCAUGGAAAGAAUGGUGUGGAGGUUAACCUCCACAUGCAGAUGAGGCAAGCAGUGAGGAAAUUUUAUAAAACCCAUCAUGAAUGACUUCAAAUGCAAGAUCUUGAUGUAGUGCUUUCCAAUCUCUCCCAAUAGAAAGGUAUGUUUUUAAUGAUGCAUUUAAAGUUGAGUCUGCAUAGUUAUGCAACAAAACAGAAAAGAGAGAGAUGCAACAGCACUGGCAGAGCAUAUGCCACAGAUGUCAACACAUGCCUGCUGAUAAUUAUUGUGUCCUGAAACCAGUAUGGCUAAAGGACCUUGUCUCAUAUUACAUAAAAAUGUAAAUGUUACAUACAGGUAUACUCAUCAGAGACCUGGAAGGCAUUGUGGUUCUCUGAGUGUACACUUUGUGGAAAACCCAGGUUUGUUGCUGUUUAAUGUGUGACACACCUCCCUAAUAGGCUAGUGUGAGACAGGCCAGGUGAAGCUGGCUUAAAUUGACUCAGACCAUAUACUAGCCCAGGACUAUCUACUCUGACAACAGCUUGCCAAAAUACUUUCAGCAAUUGAUCUCAGGCAGGACCUCUGCCUGGAGAGAGGGAGAUGGGAGUUUCUCUGAAAACUAGGCAUAACUCCGCUGACAAUCCUAGCAGACAACGGGGGUGGUGGUGGGAUAUGUAGCCCUCUUCAUGCGUUUUAAAAAGAGAGGUGCUGUACUUGUGUCCCUGAGAGCAUGCUCUAAAGUCCCCUCCCCAGGCCAUGGUUACAGUAUCUCCCUCUGCAGACAAACACUGUUAAGCCCUACCCACCCACCCCCACCACACUAGAUUAUCAGCAUGGGAGCAGGGAUUCAAAGUGCACGCUCAUGGAUAUGGUACACAAGUAUAGCAUCACCAGUUUUUAAAACAUCUGCAGAGGAUUUCAGUUCAGGUUCCAGGUAUCAUCUUGCUCUUUCAAAAACCUCCAUUCCUAUGAACUAUGACUUUGCCUAAUGUAUAUCCUCUCUUUAGCAGUCUCUCAGCGCUUUUUGUCAGUUACGUUUCUGUUUUCACCUCUCCUUUUGCACCUAUACCCUUGCUUCUUUAUAACAGUCACAUGUAAUAAUUCCAAGGGCAGGUUACUGCAUUAUUUGGCAGCACAGAAAAUUGGAAGGCAUUAUUGCUGAAACCUAAACACUUCCUGUUGGAAGCUAGUGCCUCAGAGGUCUUGGUUGAGUGAGAAGGGAGCAAACAUAGAAACAUCAGUUGACAACUGCAAAGUCCAAUCAUCUGACAAACAGGGGGAAGGGACCACAAAGAGAGAAGUAAUGAAGUUGUUUAAUGUGAUUUUCUUGAACACGAGGCUCCCAAAAUGAAACUUGCUCUCCCCAGGACAUGCAUGUCUAUGCGCAUGCGCAGGCACAUGCACACUUCAGUACCAUGCUCAUAGUGUAAAAGGAACAAUUCUGCAUCAGGUUCUUUCAGGAGUUUCGGGCAGGAUAAGCAUAGUGGCCCUUGCAAGUUCUAGUUGCUGUUGGAGCUGCGGAAUCUCCUACUCCAGUCCUAACCAUACUUGGAAGAAUAUCCAUUAAUUCCAAAGGAUUUUACUUCCGUCCAAUGAGUUUAGGAUUGGGGUUUUAGAUGACAGUCCUGACUACAAUUGCUUGGAGCAAGUUAGAGUAAUGGAACUUCCAAGUACAGGACUGAGGAUCAAAUUUGGCAGUCUUGGAUUCUUAGUCUAUAGUGCUGCAAUAAUGAUGCCAGAACCGAUGCACCUUUUGUCAAACAAGUUAGAGGGGAGGGAUAACAUCUAGUAUGAAAUUGUCCUGCACAAGCCCCAUUGAAAUGGAUGCAAGUGGCUGAGUGCAUCAGAUGCAUUUCACUGGCUCACGUGUAGGGAAACUUCAGGCUGGAUUUGUGCCCAAGUUCUGAUUGUUUUUGUGAAGCCGCAUCUCCCCAGUCGUUUCCAUUGUCUGUUCUCAUCACUGUUGCAAGUGCCUGGGAAACAGGCCUCUUGAAAUAAAUGUUAAAUCUAUUUUAAAAGUCCCUUUAUUAGAAAGCUAGAACUAAUUUAUCUUGUAUUUCCUAUUGUAAUGCCUUUUAUAUUGAAAGGGGUUUUUGUAAUAUAAAACAAAACAGUAACCUGAAGCAUUUUGCACAGUGUGUGCAUUUCUUUUCUUUUUUAAAGACAAAAAAUAAAGAUACUGUGACAGUA